GUCAAUAUAUAGCUCCCUUUUUCCACGACUGACUGCGUUUCACCCAAAAAUUGGGAUUACGGCCUGCUUCUCUGCUCUUUCAUUUGCAACAAACAGUUGAAGUUAAUUACAAUAGGAUUUCAUAAUUACUGAAAAAUCCAUUUGCUUGCUGUUAGGAGGUACUCUACUACUGCCAUAAAAGCGCAAUCCUACCUCUCGUUUUUUCAGCCACUCAAUCCGUUUCCCUCUGUUUUCUUCAGUCAAUCAGCUCUUAAUUCCCUUUAAUCUGUCUUUGCUUUUGAGGUCUUGUUCUCACAUUAUUUUUGUGUUUUUUUCGUUCAGCAGUCCUCAAAAUUCACAGGACAAUCCGGUCUGAUUGCAUCGCAUUUUUUAUUUUUUUAAAAAGUCUUUCUGAUUUGUUAAUAAUUGUUUUGUUUAGAGAAAAUUUUUAAAACAUGGAUGCUUCGCGACCCUCUCCUUUCUUGCCUGGGUCAAACAGCUUUAAUUAUAUUCCUUAUCAGAUUCGCUCUAUAAUUGGAGAUUCUUUUUCCUUUUUUCUGAAAGGAAGUGCUCAUGAUUAUCAUGAGGAUUCUCUCUUGCCUCAAUCGUCAUACAAGUACCUCCUUUCCGGAGGUCUUGUUUGUACUUAUUUAUACUUACUUUAUAAAUGGCUCUCAAACUCUUUUAUAGUCAAACGUCCCGUGUCUGCUGAGUUUUCAGGGCUGCGGCGUGUUCAUGGGCUUUGUCUUUGGAUGCUUUCGUUUCUCUUUCUAUGUUUAAGUACAUUCAUGUAUACUGAAGGGCAUUUUCCAAAGAGAUUUAUUGGUCAUGGUGUCAACCAUUUAUUGCUUGCUUUCUCUAUACACUCCUUUCUUCUUCAUUCUCUCCGCAUUCUUGUUCCCCGGGCGCGUCCUACCUUGUAUCAUUCUUCAGUUCUUUUAAACCUUUCCAUCAUUCCGGUGUUUUUCGAUUUUUAUGUUUAUCCCUUCCUUUUAAUCCAUCACCCUCCCUUCUCCAUAUUUCCGCCCCUAAUGUGGGCCUAUUUUACCAUUGGCGUAUCCAUAAACAUCAUUCCCUGGUUCACACCACGUGUAUGGUACCCUUUAUUUCCUGAAGAAAACGAUCACCCGUCGGAAGAGCAAAUCUGCAAUUACUUUAGCUAUAUUUGUAGCUAUAAUUGGUUAAACAAGCUUAUCAAUGUCUCCACCCGUCGUACUGUUGAAUUCGACGAUGCUCCUCAUCUACCGGAUUAUGACAAAAACAAACUGUGGUCUAAUGUUUAUGAGAGGCUUAAGCGCCCUUCUUUAUUUAUAACUCUGCACCUUAUCUUUGCAUAUCAAAUGAUAGGUAUGGGUGUUGCAAGCUUUUUCAUUAGUGCUUCACAGUUUAUUUCACCCAUGGCCAUGAAUCGGUUCCUUCAGUACUUAGAAAAUCCAAAGAGUGAAUACAUAUCUCCCUAUGUAUGGAUUGCCUUGCUUUUAAUUGGCCCUUUUCUGAAUUCAUUGGCUUUUCAAUCUUAUUUAUUUUUGUCUACUCGUUAUGCCAUCCGUUCUUAUUCGGUUCUUGUAUAUCAAGUUUAUAAAAAAGUGCUUGAUUUCCGCUUUGUACAGAAUAAAAAUGAGGAAUCCAAAGUCGGCCGAGUUAACAAUCUUAUUUCUACCGAUGCUGAUGAUAUUGGCGCGUUGCGAGAAUUAGUCCAUGUUGCAGUAAGAGCACCUUUUGAAAUCGGCAUUUCUAUCUAUUUGUUGCAGAAACUUUUGGGAUGGAGUGCUUAUGUUGGUCUUGUUCUUGCCGUCUUAACUACAUCGGUUCCUAUUCUGUUAGGUCCCUUUGUGGCUAAACUAACUUUACUCUCUAACAAAGCAACUGAUUCCCGUAUUGAAUUAAUGUCCGAACUUCUUCAAAGUAUUCGUAUUACAAAAUUCUUUGGUUGGGAACGUCCAAUGCUCGAACGUGUGCGUCACAAACGCCAACACGAGCUUAAUCGAACCUGGAAGUUGCUUUUAAUGGAAAUAUUAAUUCAAGUUUUGGUUGAAUCAUUACCGUUCUUUAGCAUGUUUGUUACUUUUGUAAUUUUUACUACGGUUAUGGGACAAAAAAUUACACCCUCAAUUGCAUUUACUUCAAUAUCCCUUUUCUCUUUGGUGCGUAAUCAGUUUGCAUGGAUUGCUUAUCUUUUAAGGCAAUUAGUGCAGAUUUUCGUUUCAAUUGGUAGGGUUUCAAAUUUUUUGAACGACCCCAAUGAAGUGGAUCCCACAGUUUACACUGACUCUGAAAGUGAAGACAUUGGCUUUGACAACGCCACUUUCACCUGGCCUUGUAAUCCAGUUGAGGGAGAUUUCCGCCUUCGUGACUUGAACUUCAAGUUCCCAAAGAACCAGCUUUCAAUCGUUGUUGGUCCUACUGGCUCCGGAAAAUCUUCGCUAAUUUCGGCAUUACUUGGUGAAUUAAGUUUGUCUAGCGGCUCUUACUCCCUACCUCGUUCCAAAGGUGUAUCAUACGUCCCUCAAGUUGCUUGGUUGCGUAAUGCCACCAUUAAAGACAAUAUUUUAUUCAAUGCUCCUUUCGACGAGGCGCGUUACAGAGAGGUUUUGAAAUCCUGUGGUUUGCAGAGUGAUUUAGAAAAUUUACCUGCCGGUGAUUUAACUGAAAUCGGUGAAAAAGGUGUUACCUUAUCUGGAGGUCAGAAACAACGUAUUGCGCUUGCUCGUGCUGUAUAUGCACCAUCCUCCAUCGUUUUAAUUGAUGAUGUUAUGUCUGCUUUGGAUAUUCACACAUCAAAUUGGAUUUUCCAUCAUUGCUUCAAAGGUCCUUUAAUGAAAAAUCGUACUGUUAUCCUUGUUACGCAUAGUAUACAUCUUUUCUUAGAUGCUACUAACUUUGUUGUUACCGUAAAGAAUGGAUCCGCUUUUCCAAUUAAGGAUAAGUCAACACCUAUUUUGCAACUGGAUGAACAGGCUAACACAUCCGAAUCUUCUGCACCGGAAAUGCAAGUUACGGAGACCCCUCUUGAUUCCUCAAUAGACGCAGAGCAAGUUGCUGAAUCGGGUAAACUUGUAGAAGAAGAAAAAAGAGCCACCGGAGACGUACCUUUGUCUGCUGUUUUCGAAUAUUUCCGCCAUUUUGGCUCAACAUUUUAUGUAUGCUUCAUUCUUGUAUUACUAGUUGCUACACAAACAGUAUCUAUCCUUAUUGAUUUGUGGGUUGCAUUUUGGACCAACAAAUCAAUAGACUCUCCUGACAUGAGCAAUACCAAGUUUUUAGUAGUAUAUGGAUCAAUGCUCAUCUUUUACUGUUUGCUAGACUACUUGCGCACGUAUACAUAUGACAGAGGCUCCUUGAUUGCUGGAAAGGCUAUUCAUAAUUCAAUGCUAGAGCACGUUUUUGGUACUUAUGCCUCAUGGUUUAACAAAACACCUACUGGAAGAAUUGUGAACCGUUUUGCCAAAGAUAUUCGAUCUUUGGACUUGAACCUGCCAGGCUGGCUUUUCUGGUCUGUAGAAUGUUUCCUUUCAAUCCUUGCCGGGUUAAUUUCUGUUUCUUCAGCUAUGCCUAUUUUCUUGGUUCCUGCCUUAUGUAUCUGUUUAAUAGGAUAUUAUGUUGGUAUGCUUUAUACUAAGGCUCAAGUUGGUAUCAAGCGAUUAAUUUCCGUUUACAAUUCUCCUAUUUUCGGCCUUCUUGGAGAGAGUAUUUCUGGACUUGCUGUAAUUCGUGCAUUUAAUAUGCAAAGUACAUUUAAAGAUGAAUUCUCGAAGAAAAUUGACAACCUACUGCGUCUUCAGUCUACAUCGUACAAUCUGAAUAGAUGGGUUGCAGUUAGAACAGACGGCAUUAGUGGAUUGGUUGGUGGAUUAGCUGGAUUUAUUGCUCUUAAACAAAGCAACAUUAGCCCUGGUCUUGUUGGUUUCUCACUUAACCAAUCUGUAAUCUUUAGCAUCACAGUUCUUUAUUUUGUCCGUUCAUUCAACGCCUUACAAGCUGAGAUGAACAGCUACCAAAGAGUUAAAGAGUAUACUGAACUAGAGCAAGAACCUUUACCAACCAAAGAAGGAGAAGUUCCUGUGGCAUGGCCCAAAGAAGGAGACAUUAAGUUCGAAAAUGUCAGCGUAAGUUACACUCCAAAUGGAUCGAGUGUCAUUAAGGAUUUAAAUCUUCACAUCCAUCACGGUGAAAAGGUAGCGAUUGUUGGACGAACCGGUAGUGGUAAGAGUACACUGGGACUUACUCUCUUACGAUUCACAAAUCGUCUAGGUGGAUCUUUACGUGUCAAUGAUUUAGAGAUUGAAAAUGUCAAUUUGAAUUCUCUUCGUCAACGAAUUUCAUUCAUUCCUCAAGAUCCAAUUUUGUUUUCUGGAACCGUUCGAAGCAAUUUAGAUCCUUUCAAUGAACUUGAUGAUUCUUUGUUGAACGAGGCGCUUCAGACAAGUGGAGCAAAUAAUAUGGCUAUUGCCUAUUCGGAAGACCAACAACCAAUUCAUAUAACGCUAGAUACUCAAGUAGCUUCGGAGGGCUCAAACUUUUCUCAGGGCCAGAAGCAAGUCUUGGCUCUAUCAAGAGCCAUCGUUCGACGCUCUAAAAUCAUUAUCCUGGAUGAAUGUACUGCAUCCGUAGAUGAUGCUACAGAUCAACAAAUCCAAAAAACAUUGCGUAGCGCAUUUGGAGAUGCAACUAUGUUGUGCAUUGCUCAUCGCUUGAAAACGAUCGUUGACUAUCAUAAAGUUAUGGUUAUGGACAAAGGUGUACUUGUUGAAUAUGGACCACCUGCCGAGUUAUAUCGUAAGGGCGGGGUUUUUCGUCAAAUGUGUGAAAAGAGUUCAAUUUCUUUUUUGGAUUCUACAGUAAAAUAGACUUGACUCAUUAGAAAAGCCAUGGACUUGUUUAGUUUUAUAGAUAUGUCACAAUUAUUAUAACUUGGUUCAUUUGUUAGAAAAUGCGUGUGAUUGGACUGAUUAUGAAUUUAAUACGGGACUAAUGCAAUUUAAAUUUUUUACAUAUAAUCCAUCUUUUAUACGUGACAUACUACCUCAACAUCUUGUUAUACGGUUUGCAGUUAGUCAAUUCGGUACUAUAGGAAACGUAGAGAGCUCAUAGACAGCGCUGUACAAAUAUUAUAC